GUCCGGCGGGCUGCCGCCUGUGGCAGCGGCAGCGGCGGGAUGGCGCUAUCGGAGGCGGCGCUGCGCAGCCAGCCGGUGUCCUGGCCCCGCAUCGUGCUGUUCGGGGACUCCAUCACCGAGAGAAUGAGAAUCUACAGAAGAAAAUUUCUGGCCUGCAGCUUUCAUGCCACACAAUAGAAUGCAGAAUCUCCGACCUGAACAGUGACAUCAAAUCGCAACUGCACUUGCAACUUCAGCAGUUUUUCCUUUCAGGACAAUGGUUGGGGAGUGUUGCUUGCUCAGAAAUUGGUCAGAAAAUGUGAUGUUUUAAAUCGCGGACUGUCAGGCUACAAUACCAGAUGGGCUAACAUAGUUCUUCCCAGAUUGAUCAGCAGAAGUUCUAAUGUUGAAAAUACUAUUGCAGUUACCAUCUUCUUUGGCGCUAAUGACAGUGCUUUAAAAGAUGUGAAUUCCAACCAACACAUUCCACUGAAGGAAUAUGCUGAUAAUUUAAAAAGCAUGAUACAAUAUCUGAAGUCCAUAGACAUUACUGAGGACAAAAUUAUUUUGAUAACACCACCCCCUCUCUAUGAACCAGCUUGGGAAAAAGAGUGUAUUGCCAAAGGUGACAAAUUAAACCGCUUCAAUUCUACCACUGGAGAAUAUGCCAAGGCAUGUGUUCAAGUUGCUAGAGAUUGUGGGACUGAGGUUCUUGAUCUGUGGACACUUAUGCAAAAGAAUAAUCAGGACUUUUCUUCCUAUCUAUCGGAUGGACUUCAUUUAUCAGUAUUGGGAAAUAAUUUUUUAGCAGCUCAGCUUUGGUCACUGCUGGAAAAGAAGAUUUCCACAUUACCUAUGCUGCUUCCUUACUGGCGCGAUGUAGAUCAUCAGAAUCCUGAAGUUAGCCUUCGUGGGAAAUCCUGAUCUGUAACAUAUUGACCGAGUCUGUUGAUGGACAGGAGAAAAUGUGCAUUCCGCAAAAUAUUCCUAGUGUUUUUCUUAGAGAAAAGAUAAUAUUGAUACAAGUCCUUUCUCAAAUGUUAUGGUUUAUGGAAAAAUAAAGUUACCUUUACACGUUCCAUGGUGUGUUUAAAUACGUUAAUACCAUUUUCUCAAUGACUGAACGUAUUAAAGCUCUGUUGGACAGUU